UAGCCGAAAACUUUUUGCCAAAAAAGUCCGAAAACGAAAAAGAACAGUUGGUUUGUUGGUUGGCGUUGGAGGUUUGUUGUGUUGAUUGUGACCAAGAUUGAAACUUGAAAGCAUUACAACUGAAAUAUUAACUCUUGAGUUCUUCGUUGAAUACAACUUACUUCAAAUUGAUUUUUCCAUCGAAAAAUGUAAUAUCUACAAUAGUCAGUGAAAUAAAUCUCCAAGAAUGAGUUCAUACAAAAGCCAACUCAUGAAUUCUCAAAAAGAAACCCAAGUCGACAUUGGCAAUGAAAAGUUUGAAGCAGCUGUAGACAGCCAGAUGUCAAAAAUUAACAUUCUAUGCCUGGAUUUAACGCCUUUUAGCCAUUUAACACAGUUUUUGUGUUGUACAGUAUUUGUUUUUAUAUGUUAUUUAGGUUAUGGUUAUUACGUGGAACUAAUUUUCUCUGUACCAGAGAUAAAGCCUGUUAGUUUGUACAUAACAUUAGUUCAAUUUAUAAUGACAAUGCUACUUAGUUAUGCAGAAUCCUUGAUGAGGAAUCCUAUUCAAAGAAAAGUGCCAUUGGGUAUUUAUGCUGUCUUAGCUGCUCUGACACUAGGUACUAUGUCACUAUCGAAUCUGGCACUAAGCUACUUAAACUACCCAACACAGUUGAUUUUCAAGAGCUGCAAGUUGAUACCUGUGAUGAUAGGAAGUAUUAUUAUAUUGGGAAAAAAAUAUGGUUUCCUAGAUUAUGUAUCCGCUGUGAUUAUGUGUGUGGGACUGACUAUGUUUACUUUGGCCGAUGCCAAAGUGUCAUCCAGCUUCAAUUUUAUUGGAGUUGUUGUGAUAUCUUCAGCAUUACUCUGUGAUGCUAUCAUUGGUAAUGUUCAAGAAAAAACCAUGAAGCAAUACCAAGCAACAAACAAUGAAGUAGUGUUCUAUUCAUACAUUAUUGCCAGUGGUUAUCUACUUGUUUUCACUGGCACUAGCGGGAUAUUGGUUGAUGGAUUUAAAUACUGUGCUGAGAAACCGGUGAUGAUAUAUUCAAACAUAUUUCUGUUGAGUCUUGGCGGGUACAUGGGCCUGCAAGCUGUGUUGACGUUAGUUCGUAUCAGUGGCGCCACUGUCGCAGUCACAGUCACCACAAUGAGGAAGGCGCUGUCCAUAAUCAUAUCGUUCCUCUUCUUCGCCAAGCCAUUUGUCUUCCAAUAUGUAUGGUCUGGAAUGCUGGUUGCGUUGGCGAUAUAUUUAAAUCAUUAUAGUAAGAAAAAUCCUCAUUAUAUUCCUGAACCAGUGCUUAGUUUUUGGCUGUACUUUAAAUCAUUCCAUAAAGGGGCCAAGUCGAAAGGCAAAAUAUAUAGUGAUAUUGUGUAGUAAAAUUAUUUGUAACUGAGGGAAUAUACAGAGAAAUCAUGUGUAUAGAAUAUAUGAAGUUUUAUGUCAUUUUCUUGUUAAUAUUUGUUUAGAACCAUGUUUUAUGGUCAGAAGCUGGUUUUGAUGUGCCGUGUUUUGGUUUUUUUGUCGUUUGUUUAAUAGAAGCGACGACCUUACAGGGCCAGAUAAAAUUAA